CGCUCUCCUCUUCCUCUUCCUCUAACACUGCUUCAGCUCCUUCUUGUCUGGUAUAGAUUCUUUGGUAUAGCCAUUGGUCUCUUAGUCUCGAAGUUCUUCCCAGAAUUUCCAAUUGUUUCCUUUCUUCCCACUCCGCUGUCUCCAAUUCCUCGCCGAUUUACCCCGCGCCGUUGAUCGUCAAGAUGGAUCUCGUCAACCACCUCGAAGGAAGACUCCUCUUCGCUGUCCCCAAAAAGGGCCGUCUUCAACAAGCCACCCUGGACCUCCUGGCCGGUUGCGACAUCCAGUUCCGCCGCGAAACCCGCCUGGACAUUGCCCUGGUCAAGAACCUUCCCAUCGCCCUCAUCUUCCUCCCCGCCGCAGAUAUCCCCACCUUUGUCGGCGAGGGCCGCGUUGAUCUCGGUAUCACCGGCCGCGACCAGAUUGCCGAACACGAUGCUCUGCUGCCCCGCGGCGAGGUCUCGGGUGUUGAGGAGAUCAUGGAUCUCGGCUUCGGCGCCUGCAAGCUGCAGGUGCAGGUUCCAGAGAAGGGUGACAUCACAGAGGCCAAGCAGCUGAUCGGCCGUAACAUUGUCACCAGCUUUACUGCUCUCACCGAGGCCUUCUUCGCCCAGCUCGAGGGCAAGAGCGAGAAGAGCGAACUCAGCACCAAGAUCAAGUAUGUCGGCGGCAGUGUUGAGGCUGCCUGCGCUUUGGGCGUGGCCGACGGUAUUGUCGAUCUUGUUGAGUCCGGUGAGACCAUGAAGGCCGCUGGUCUCAAAGCCAUAGAUACCGUUGUCGAGACCGUUUCCGUCCUGGUGAAGUCCAAGAACACCCAGAACCCUCUGGUUGACCUGAUCGCUUCCCGUAUCCGCGGUGUUAUCACCGCCCAGAAGUACGUCCUGUGCCAGUACAACAUCCCUCGCGCGGAGCUGGCCACCGCCUCCAACAUCACCCCCGGCAAGCGCGCUCCCACAGUAACUGCCCUGGAAGAAGACGGCUGGGUUGCCGUCAGCUCGAUGGUCGAGAAGAAGAAGAUUGCGACGGUCAUGGACGAGCUGACCAAGGUUGGCGCGACGGAUAUUCUUGUCCUGAACAUCGCCAACUCAAGAACGGGUUAACUGAGACCAUAGUUCUUUCCUUUUCAAUCUUCUUUACUUCUUUCGUGGUAUACUAGGGCGCGUUAUCGCAUUAUAUUUCUUUCUCUUUUUCUUUCUUGUGAUGAAUAUAUUUCGCAUUUAAAUGAUUAGACGGAUGUUCGAGUCUGGGGACUCUUAAAACGAAAAUAGACGGACCUUGGAUCUAAUCUAAUCUAUCUAAUUUUAUUCACAGCGAUAGUACUAGUAGUACGGAGUAUAUAGUUAGUACGCCAUAG